CGUGGAUUGUGGAAGCGAGUUUAUUUGGCGUUUAGGGGCGGAUGAGGGACGAAAAGCAUGCAGACAAAACACUUUCGCACACGCACGUAUCAUCCGCCGACGGAACUCGAAUUUUUCUUUUAAUAUCUCUUGGAUGUACCCUGUGACGUGGUGGUUUAACACCGCAGCUGGCUUUUUAUUCUCGCUCUUCUUCUUUUUGGCAGGACGCAUCUCGCACAGUUCAUUAGAUUCUGUGUAUAUAUUUAUCUAUAAAAACCAACAUCUUCCGCCUUCAGCUCCGUCCUUGUUGCGUGGCCCGCGAAUAUCCAACACAUUUACAGGCACGGGCGCGAAAGUCUCGAAAUUAGGUUACCUAGUGCCAUCAAAUGCCAAGUAUGCUUUCACGCUUGCUGCCGGGCUUGGGAGAUUUGUUCCCGCCGAUUUCUGAUCUCAGACUCCAUUUUCACGUUUGAGUCUGCAGCAAAUACGUGCCGCGUAUUGAGCACAUCAACCGUAGUCAAAGAUGGAUUCUGGUUAUGGGCCUAGGGGAUAG